CAGUAACAAGUUCCCUGCUUCAGCAGCAAGAUGGAAGGUGACUGGAAACAGGCAUUUGACUUCAAUGGAUUCUUUGUUCUUCCUUCUGAGCUCAUUGAAAACAUUCUUUUCCGGCUGCCAUUGCCGGAGAUUAUUUGUCUGAGUUCAGCAUGCAAAGGCUUAAAUUCAAUGAUUUCCAGUGUCGAAUUCCGGAGAAAUUACAACAAACUCAGCUCAGACAAUUGGAUUUUCGUCUUCAAAAAACAGCCAUUCAAGAAAUCUACAAUCUUUGGGUUUAGCAGUGCAUGCAACAGGUGGUUCAGAUUUCCGAUUGCUCAGUUGCUGGAGCCAGUGGUUCCUCCAGGUGAAGAUAUCUACCUCCUUGCAGCUUCUGCUGGGUUUUUCUUAUUUUCUCUCAACAACUGCCAGGAACUUGUAGUCACCAACCCUGUAUCAAAGUCCGCACAGAAGAUCCCGACAAAUCCGCUGGGGCGACGUGGUACGUCUUCUUGGCGAAGACCUUCAAUGAAACUCAUCGGAAAUCGCACUUCAGGUUCAUUCAAGUUCAUGUUCAUUGAGGACCUUGGCCAGGGGCCGGUUCUAUACCUCUACCGAUCAACCACAAAUAUGUGGAACAUCACUGAAGCUCAAGAAAUGACCAGACAAGUGAAGGAGAACAUGGUGUUCCUAACUGCAGCUCACCAACUCAAUGAGACCAUCAUUGUGGGAGUCAGUUUAGAGACCAAUGUUGCUGCAUCUAUAUACAGGCCAAGUUCUGAAGAUGGCUCACAAGGCCUGUCUAUUGGCCUUCUUGGUGCUUACAUGACAGGUCCACUGCACAUAUAUGGCGAUGGCAGACUUGUAGUGGUGAGAUCUGAAUCAAUUGAUGGUAGAUCAAGAGUUAUAAAAGAAAUUGAGAUUUGGGGAUUAAACCUGGAUGGGAGAAAGUGGAAAUUGUUCGGAAGAACACCACACAGUUUGCUUGAGAGCGUAAGAAAGCAUUUUGAAGUCUUGACUGGUCGUUUAGAGGACAGGGAAGGGGUUGUUAGAGUCAUUUUAGUUUCUAACCUUGGAGGAAGAUGGAAUAUGAUAUGGAUUUCUUAUGACAGUCUCAAGAUGGAUUGGCAUAUGGCAGAGUUGCCUGAGUUUGGCAUGAAGGGCAUUAAUAUAGCUGGUGUUGCCAUCUCUUCACCUCCCAUUCUCUGAG